AUGGGGCGAAAACAAUUUCGACAGGACCUCAUCGAGGCUGCCCAAGAUCCACCUCCUCAUAUCUACGGGAUUGAAACUAUCGACGAUGGCGAGAUCGGAUUCAACUAUACAUACGCUGAAUACGGUACCACACAACACGCAGGACUCCGUCUCCUUGCCUUGAAUGUCGACGAUUAUCCUAUGGACAACGAAUACAUGAUCUUUGCCGGAGAAGGUGAUAUCAGCCCGCAAAUCGCCGACUCCUUCGAAAUAUUGACCCCUUUGAUCAAGAACAGAUCAAUUCAUCAAGCACUGUCAGAGUUAUCGACUGUACUGCAUCAAGCUGUGACUAGUGGCCAAUCUACAAAUCCAAUAGUCCUUCCUGAUGUCAGUAGUGAUCUCGAAGACGAGGGUUAUGCUGAGGCUGACAGUGAUGACGAUGUCGAAGAGGACGAAGCAGAUAUUUGGCUGGAAGGAGACGAGGAUGAGAUGUUUGGCUUUGACGAGCCGAAGAAACCUGGUCCUGUCGCUGUUGGACGAACCAAGAUGAGCCAGUUACCUGCCGAAGACCGCAUGAAAAUUAAAGCAGAUUUGAGAGAAGCCAAGGACGCAGGCUUCAAGGUCGGUGUCAUUGGAGAUCUAAGUACGUCAGGAAUCGUCUGCGUGUCGGUCAGAGUCGCGAAGCUAGGCAUUUCCGAGGACGUCAUGAAAGCGUGGACUCUGGAACCACAGCAGUAUUUCGUCGUCCUUAUCCGAUUUCAGGCUGGAUACCAGAAUAUCGAGAUAUUGAAAGAGCAGUCCACACUGUCAGGGUCAACAGAAAUCAGGCUUGGUCUUUGCUCCAGUUACAAGCCAAACAGCAAGAGUGCCUUCGACACUUUCAAUGAAGUAGCCGCAGAUGCUACCAACGAUUCGCAGCUGAGUGCGCCGCGGUCGACAACAGACCUUCAGCCCUUGUUCAUCGGUCGCCCGUUGAACGAUCUGUUCAAAUCACGUUUCACCGCAGUUGUGAAGUUCAGAGAAAUAUACUGCUUAGGGUGGGCUGGCGCCGAGCAACUUGUUCACGAUACACAGGGUGCGCCCAUCGAUAUAGGAAAACUUACGAAAUACGACAAAGUGAUCGACAGCAAAACCGAAAGAGCUUUGCCUGCGAUUGUCAUGGCUGACAGUAUGUCACGGACUCGAUUCACCAAAAACUGCUCGCUGCCGCUGGUAACAAUGCAAUUCGCGCUGCGGCAUUUUGUCCGCUGUACCGACUUCUGCUUGGUAUGCCAUUGCAAUUCCGGCUCUACGUUCGAGGCGCUCAAACCUUAUGUCUGCUCCAGCCCACUUUGUUUGUAUCAGUAUAUGGGUCUUGGUUUUGGGCCCAGUAUUGAAUGGGAGAUCUUAUCACAGCCUUACGUGGUGGAUCUGCUCAUCAGCUUCUGCUAUGUCCAGGCAAUGUCAGGUCGAUUGAAGGAUUUUCCAGUUGGCAUAGACCUACGAGUUCCGGUCCUGCCAAGAUCGUCGUCUAGAAACGAUCCACACCCUAGCUACUCGAAUUAUCGGAGCUCGACACAAUCGACUGCUACCCAAACACAAACACCGCCAAAGCUAGCGUUCGUUAUACCCUACAAUGGCGCCAACCUUGAGCUCUUAUUUCCAGCAAAAAAUUUGGAUAAGGGUCAACAAUUGAGGAAAGGAGAUUUCGUUGCUCUGGCUAACUCGAACUACUUCAGCGGAGUCAUUUAUCACCGUAUCGAGGAUGUCUUACUACCAAGUGUAAGACUCGGACCUCCGGUGCAAGUUUUUGACGGCGACAAACCUCGAUCUGACAUACUCCCCAAUAAGUUGAUCGACGUUGAUUGCUACCUCUUCGACACGAGCUUCGACGAUUUGUCUGACAACGAUAGAUGCAAGGCGAUCAUGACACUUCUAGACACGAUACCUCCUGUCAAGGACAUGCUUCGUUAUCUCAAGACUCACAACGUUGGGCAAGAGUCAAGUCUUCGACAGUGGCGAGAUCGUAUCUCAAGUUCUGCGCUGAAUGUGCUACGAUGGAUCAUUGCGUCAAAUCGAUCGUGUAUUGUACAGGUCGAUAGCGUGGUAGAAGAUGCUGGCACUCUAAAGACUAUGCCCAACGAAGACAGAAUCUCUGGCAUGGACGAAUACAUGCAGUUCCGGUUUGCUCAAGGCGCUCCCGACAAGGAGCAGCGAUUCAUCGAUUGCGUGAAGAAGCAGACUGCUGGAAAGCAGUAUCCAACCAUUUUCGCUUGGCAUGGGAGCCCUCUCCACAACUGGCACUCCAUCAUACGCGAAGGCCUUCACUUCAAAGACACCGCACACGGUAGAGCUUAUGGGAACGGCGUCUACAUGAGCAAUCAUGCACAAACCAGUUUGAGCUACAUGAGUGGACAUUACAGCUUAGCUGGUUCACGAAAUGGAUGGCCAAACAGUGAGUUGAAGGUAUCUGGGGCGAUGUCCUUGAACGAGGUAGUAAACAAGCCUGACUCGUAUGUGAGCAGGAGCCCCCAUUAUGUUGUUGGCGAGAUCGACUGGAUACAGACUCGCUAUCUAGUGGUCAAGACCAACGUCACACAUACAAAAGGGGAGCAGGCAGAUAUGGAAACGAUUGCUCAAGACCCGGCACAUACAGCCAUGGGUAUGAGUCAAGAAGCUGUACAGAUCCCCAUUACUGCUGUUGCUAGGUCAAGACGGCCUAAAGAAAUUCUCCAGAAAGAUUCGAAGAAGCGAAAGUCCCUGGGGAGUGGACGGAUCGAGAACCCAAUCGAGAUCAUGAACGACGAUGUCCAAAGUGUGGCCACUCUCAAUGAAGACCGCGAUUAUCUGCUUGAUGACGAGUCGCACUCUGGUCGAAAACCCAUGUCACUAGACUCUGAUACAGAGAUGGAUAUCUCCGACCAUGAAGAUCUAAUUCGGUCACCCAAGAAGAAGCUUCGUCAAGAUGAAUCAUCUACCAAGUUGCAGCUGGUCGAAGGCUGUUUGCUCGACGACACCAGAACCGAUUUCUUUCCUGGCAGGCUGGACAUGUCGAACGUGAAAAGACUUCCAGCUCCCGAUGAUGCAUCACUGGCAGCAAGCAGUGCACUCCUCAAAGCGUUUAACGCACUGAUGAAGACACAGAAGACAACACCAGCACAUGAGCUGGGUUGGUAUAUGGACCCUGAACAGGUUGAUAACCUUUACCAGUGGAUCGUCGAACUACACUCAUUCGAUUCGGAGAUUCCUUUAAGUCGGGACAUGAAGGAAGCAGGUAUCACCUCAGUGGUACUCGAGAUGCAAUUCACAAACCAAUACCCCUUCGCACCGCCGUUUGUUCGAGUGGUCAAGCCUCGGUUCCUUCCUUUCAAUCAAGGGGGCGGAGGUCAUGUCACGGAAGGAGGUGCGAUAUGUAUGGAGCUACUUACCAACAAUGGGUGGUCGGCUCGCGGUUACCUGGAAGUCACGGUCAUUGGCGGGCUGGAGGUGAUGGUGGAGUUUAUGGAGUUGGCGAGGCUAUAG